AUGAACGUGAACUGGCGACCAGUAUUUUGGGGGACCAUAAUACAGUUUUAUUUUGCCCUUGCCAUUCUACAGUGGAGUGUGGGCUACGAAGCCUUUAAAUGGUUGGGUGACAGGGUCACAGAAUUCCUGGCCUACACAGACAAAGGCGCAGCGUUUGUUUUCGGGGACAAAUUCCAAGAUCACUUCUUUGCUUUUAAAGUUCUUCCCGUCACUGUGUUCUUCAGUAGUUUUGUUUCUGUUUGUUACUACUUGGGUAUUAUGCAGUUCAUUAUUCGGAACCUCUCUAGAUUUAUCAGCAAUGUUAUGGGGACUUCUCCAGCAGAAUCUCUAAACGCUGCUGGAAACAUAUUUGUUGGACAGAGUGAGGCCCCAUUGAUGAUUCGCCCUUUUCUAGCCAAGUUGACAAAGUCAGAACUACAUGCAGUUUGUACAGGGGGAUUUGCUACAGUUGCUGGAAGCACAAUGGGGGGAUAUAUAGCUUAUAAUGUACCAGCUAACCACUUGCUCUCUGCCUCUGUAAUGUCAGCUCCUGCUGCUCUUGCAAUGGCAAAGCUGUUUUAUCCGGAGACAAGAAAAACGAAAACCGGAAGUGAAGUGUACAAUAUUCCAUCUGGCCAGGAACGUAAUGUGAUAGAAGCAGCAGCUAAAGGUGCCUCGCAGUCUAUUAAACUGGUGGCUAACAUUGCUGUUAACCUUGUGGCCUUUAUUGCUUUGGUGGAGUUCUUGAAUCAGACUCUCAUCUGGUUCGGUAACAGAGCGGGUAUGGAGAAACCUCACAAAGAACUUACUUUUCAGUUAAUUUGUUCUUACAUCUUUUAUCCGCUGGCUUUCCUGAUGGGUGUCGACACACAGAACAACAAUAUUUUCAAAGUUGCCGAGUUGAUAGGAUACAAAACAUUCGUAAACGAAUUUUAUGCGUAUGGAAAGUUGUCGGUCUACAUUCACAACAGGGAGAAUCUCACUUGGUACGAAAACCUGCCUAAAAAUGAUUCCACGUUCACCGGUAGAUGGCACUAUAGCGGAGAUGACAUUGUCUACGAGGAUUUUGAUCAUAUACUGGAGAAAGGACUUCUCACAGAACGGUCCGUCGUUAUCACAACGUAUGCCUUGUGUGGAUUUGCGAACAUAGCAUCCAUUGGCAUAAUGCUUGGGGCCCUGGGUGCGAUGGCGCCGAACCAGAGGUCAGCAUUAGCCCAAGUUGUGGUCAGGGCCAUGAUUGCAGGAACCGUAGCCUGCUUUAUGACAGCGUCCAUAGCAGGUCUGUUAUACGUGCCUGAAGAAUGA